CCGCCCGGCCCCGCCCCGCGUCUGCCUCAGAGGGACCCGAGCCACCCGGACCGCCGCGUCCCCGCCGCCGCCGCCGCCGCCGCCGCCGCGUCCCCCGCCGGGGCCGACCGAGCCGAGCCGGGCCGGAGCGGCGGGCGCGGCCGGGCCGCCAUGGACCAUAAGCCCCUGCUGCAGGAGCGGCCGCCCGCCUACAACCUGGAGGCCGGCCAGGGCGACUACGCGUGCGGCCCGCACGGCUACGGCGCCAUCCCCGCCGCGCCCCCGCCGCCGCCCUACCCCUACCUCGUCACAGGGAUACCCACCCACCAUCCCAGGGUCUACAACAUCCACAGCCGGACCGUCACCCGGUACCCUGCCAACUCUAUCGUGGUCGUGGGAGGCUGUCCCGUCUGCAGUUUACUCUGCAGUCGAUCAUCGAAGGUGGUGGAAGGUUUCCUUUUUCCGGAAGGGGCAUUUGGAAGGUCGGGGUGCUGGAGGACUGCUUCACCUUCCUGGGCAUCUUCCUGGCCAUCAUCCUGUUCCCCUUUGGGUUCAUCUGCUGUUUUGCCUUGAGGAAGCGAAGAUGCCCCAACUGCGGAGCCACCUUCGCUUAAAGGAGCAGCAGGCCCAGCUCUCCUCCCCCAGCUCUUUUUCUAAUGUAAAUGUUGUGUACAAUAGUUUUAUUUGAUUAAGCUUCAGAACUGUUUUGUAAAGCGAGGUGGGACAGAUGUGGCACACGCCAGCUGCGGUUUCCCGGAGCGUGGAGCGGCAGCGCUGCUGCUCCCGCCCGAGGCUCAUGACAACUCAAUAAAGCACUGCUUUUAUUUUCUGCAGUCUUCAAUUUGAGAAAGGUGAGAAAUAAUGUUUUCAAUAAAUGAGAUUCAUACCAUUGUU